AUGGGCCGCUUUACCAUGACCCGCAAGCGGGCGUACAACUGGUACAUCUCUUGUGUCGCAGCAUCAUGCAUGGUGCUCUACGGUUACGAUGCGUCCGUGUUUAACUCCGUCCAGGGUUCUAAGAACUGGCUGGCUUGGAUGAACCACCCAAAUGCCAACACUAUCGGCUCAAUUAAUACAGCAUACACGGUCGGCGCUAUUUUCGGUGGUUUCUUCCUGGGAGGUCCAUGUGCCGAUUUCCUGGGCCGCAAGCUUGGAAUGGCCAUUGGCUGUGUUUUGGUUAUCGUUGCCACAUUUAUGCAGACCUUUUCUCCUCGUCACGACCUUGCUUGCUUCCUUGCAGGUAGAUGCAUCAUUGGUAUUGGUCAGGGUAUUGCAUUGACUGCUGGCCCUAUCUACAUUGGUGAGCUGGCUCCACCAGAGAUCCGUGGUAAGAUCAUGACCUUCUGGCAGAUGUUCUACUCUGUUGGAUCGUUCAUCUGCUUCUGGAUUAACUAUGCCUGCACCAAUAACGUUGAAAAGUUGGGCGAGUGGGACUGGAGACUGGUUGUUAUUUUCCAACUUUUGGUCCCUACUCUGAUCCUUGCUCUUCUGCCAACUGUUCCUGGCAGCCCUCGGUGGUAUGUCAAGAAAGGCCAGAACGAGAAGGCCCGUGAAGCUCUUUCAAGAGUUCGUGAUACCGAGGAGGAAGUUGAGCGUGAACUGAUGGAAAUUCGCGAGGCACUCGAAUACGAGAGGGAAGCUAUCUCUAGCAACUACUCUGCUCUCUGGAAGGACAAGUCGCUCCGCAAGCGCAUGGUUCUGGCUCUGAUUCUCAAUGCCGGUCAACAGAUCACUGGACAAGGCUCUCUCAACUCAUACUCUACCAAGAUCUACCAAAAAGUGUUUAGCAGCGACAGUCAAAUUGCUCUGAUCAACGCCUUGAACUCCACCUUUGGAAUUUUCUUCACCUUGAACGCUAUCUGGAUUAUUGAUCGUUUCGGAAGAAAGUUCCUUCUGAUUGUCGGUGGUAUCGGCAUGGGCUUGUGCAUGAUUAUUGUCUCUGCCGUCGAAACUGAAACACCCGUGCUCGCAAACGGAUCCAAGUCGGAGCCUGUUGGUAUAGCGAUUGUGUUCCUUCUGUUCUUGUUCAUCUUAUUCUACAAACCAUCUUGGGGUGCAACUGUAUGGAUUUGGACGUCCGAGGUUUUCUCAAUGAACGUCCGCGCCCAAGCUGUGGGCAUGGCAUCGCAGACUCAGAAUGUCGCCAACGCCAUCGUCCAGCAAUUCUUCCCUCUUUUCCUCGAGAACGAGGGCUUCUAUGCCUUCUACAUGUUUGCGGGUAUCAACUUCCUACUUGCUGCCUUCGUUUGGUUCUUCAUCCCCGAGACCAAGAUGGUUCCUCUCGAGGAGAUCGAUACUCUGUUCGGUGGUGCCAACCACGUUACUCAAGGAGAGGAGGUCAUGGCAAACCAGAAGGCGGCUCGGAUCGGCCACGAAGAAAACGAGAAGGCUGAUACUGUUACUGUGGAGCAUGCUAAGAACUAG